AUCGACACAAAUCAACAUUGGAAUUUGCAGGAGAUAAAGAUCGCCACGUUCAAGAAACAGUAGCAAUACAUACAUACAUACAUACAUGUCUAACUGCAGUACACAUGUAUUACUUAGGAUAUGUAUGUACAUAUGUAUAUAUGUACAUAUGCAAAUGCCUCCUGCACGAAUGAGUGAAAAUUACUGGCAAGUACCCUUCGGUUGCUAAAAUGUAUGGACAUAGUUCAGAUUACCUAAAUAUUUGUAUAAAUAUCUGCAUCAAUUAUUUUAAUCUCUAAAAUGCAAAACCUGGACUGACUGUAACUCUAUACAUGACUCUUUCUUGCAACUAUGUUUGUAUGUAUAAAUCCAAGAUUUGUAAGUGGAAACUAAAUGUAGUAAUGUGUUCAUAUAAAGUUUGUGCUAAAAUAAUUAAAGUGUCAUUUUUGUGAUGGACUACAUUGCUACAGAGGCAACCUGGUAUGCAGGAAGUGACGCUAUCUCAUAAAUUAAUAAUUAAUUUAAUUCACCAAUUGCUACAUACUUGCAGAAAAUUUGUGUAUCACUGAAGAUGCGUUUAUUAAAUUAUUAAAAUAAAUAUUAGCACUAUUAUGGAGCACCCAAAUCAGUAUUUCCAAGGUCCAAGGUAUCCUUUCAGACCGUGGAGACCACCCCGCCUAGGCCGACCAUUAUUCAAGAAUGCAAGCUCACCAAACUGGAGAAUGGAUGGACCUUGCUAUCCUGCACCUUAUCCAGAUUUUCGUUUUUAUUCAAACCACCCACCAAAUUUUUGGCAAGCACCUCGACGUUUCCCAUUCCAAAACUCUGGUUGGACUCAUCCGCGACCUUUAACCCCACUAAUGCAGUGCACACCAUGGGACAUACAUUCCACACCUUUCCAACCUCCCAACGACCUUUCGACUAUCCAAAGGUUACCUAAAAGUGCAGAAGACAAAGCAUAUUCAGCAUUCCUUAAGGCUACUAAACUUACUUCCCAAUCUGUGCAUACCUUGUCGCAGAAUGACAUCUUAAACAAGCAGGUGUUUGAAAUUCUGAAAAUUAUGUGCGACUAUAAAGACACCGUGAACAACUUUCAGUUUCUAAUCAGAUUAUUAAGACAACAAGAAUUUUAUCCAGAGGGAGAACCUUCCAAACGUGUCAAGCUGAUAAUGGUUUUUGUCCGCCUUGUUCGAGGACUGAAACUCGUACAAAAAUUAAAAUCUGAUACCAUCUCAGUCAAAAGCAAGGGAGAAAUUGACAGAAUUAUAAAAUAUUUUACAGACGUGUUUAACAAAACUUUAGAGCAGGUAAAAAGUCAGAAAUUGUGCUCCGUUGCGGCGACCCACUUAAAAAUUCUACAAUCCGUCAAGAUAGAAUGCUCCGAAAUCGGAUUGAACAUUAGACCAUUUGGGGAUGCGGACAAGGGGUUGGAAGAUUUACAAAAACAGAAACGUACAAGUCGGGAAAUUAUAAGGACUCCGGAUAAUUCCGUUUUAUUGCAAGACGAACCUGAGAAAUACGAGAAAACUCCAGAUGACUCAACAAUUGAUAGUCCGAUACCAGUUUGGGAACCAGUAUAUCAACCAGUUAACGAUGAGGAAAUGUCACUUUGGGAAUCAGAUCAAACUCUACUUGACCAAAUUAAAAAGACAAAAUCUGCUCCAAUUUGUGCUAACCCUUCAACCAGAAAAAUAUCUAAACCUGCGCACAAUUUUGAUGAGGAACAACUCAAAUUAAUUCAACAAUUUGUUGAAAGUAGAAAUGAACUCCUACAACAAGAUUCUUCAAAAAAAUCAGAAAAAUGCUCGAAAUACGUGAAGACGAUUCAUCAACUUGUAAGCGUUUUCAUAAAAAGUCGCCGCAUUGGCCUCGGUCACAAGGACUCGGAAUAUCUUCAAGUAUUAUUGCAAGACGAGGUCGCUCUAACCAACACUGGUCGGAAGGCAUGCUUAUGGGCACUUUGUCUAAUCUUGGAAAAUACGGAUAGCCCACCUAAUUUGUCAUUCACCGACGCAGAAAAUCUGGACUGUCUCAUAGGAAAUAUGGAUAUUCAAAGGUGCAACAUUAAAUGGUGCACCAUCGAACUUUUAGCAAUAAGAAAUCGCCUCCGUCGCUACCUUGAUCAGGACUUUCUCAGUUCCCUGGAAUCAUUCCUAAGCCGAUUGACUGUCCAAAAAUACAAAAUUGUUGAUGGUUCCAGCGUGAAUUUGGGACUGACCGACUUUUACCCUAGAAAUACUCCAGCCUUGAAGAAAAUGAAAAGAGUCGUGCUUGCAAAGAUUCCCAAAGUCGACGAUGUAUUGGCCUUAUGCAAACAGGAACUAAAUAAGUUUCAUGCUCAGAUGAAUAUGAAAAAGGCUGAACCUCCUGAACCUCCUGACAUUGUGUGUUUGGGGACACCAUUUCGUCCCCCGCCAGAAGUUGUGACAUUAGACAGUGGUAGUGAUUCUGACGACGACGAAUGAAAUCGGCUUGUUGAAAAAGUACGUACAUAUGCACAAGGAUACACAUGCAUAAAUUCGUGUAUACUUUACUAAAUUUCUUGGUUUAUGACGUUGACCUCUAACCUUGAUUAUAUGUUUGUAGAAUUUUAUGAACUGCAGAUAAGCAAUAUUUGCUCAUGACUUUGUAUUAAUUUAUUGUUUUCUUUGUCAUAUUCCUUUUUAAAUAGAGUUGAGUCAGUACCUUGCAAAUCUCAGAACACAUUUGAGCUUACAAUUAAUUUAGCAGUUUGAGGAUUAAAUAUAAAUAUUAUAUUUAUAUUAAGCAUUACUACAAUCUACAAUUCGAAGGACAAGUCUUAAAUAAACAUAGGUUUAGAUCAAUAGUUAUAACCGAAACAGAACUUGGAUCGAUCAAAUAAAUUAAUCAAUAUUUCAUUGAUCGAAACUGUAAUAUGAACUCUUCUUUGUUUCGCAAUAAGUAGUUUGAAGAAAUACAUACAUUGCCACAAUAUGUGACCAACAACUAUUAAUAAACGAGUAUUAUACUUACA